AUGUUGGCGUCAUCGUGUGAGAUCAGUAAGAUCCGAGACGGUGAUUUGAUAUUCUUCAUGCGAUACUCGGCACUAAAUGGAAACGAAUUCGAGAACGCCGUCUGCAGUGUGGGUCAUACGCCGAACGUUUUUCAUGUGGGUAUGUUCUGUGCGAAUCGACAGUCCAUUGUGCAUACAGUACCCGCUGAUGGGGUCAUUUGUGAGCCGAUUGAUGAUACGGUAAGGCGUAUCGAUGCGGAUCAUGUUGAUGUGUUUACGGUUCGUAACGUUUCGGAUACGAUAGCUGAGAAUGCAUCCGAAUGGGCGAUGAGCAGAGUGGGCUGCAAGUAUAACGACAUAUUCUCACCGGACUCGUUGAAUUCCGACGGGCAAGAGGCGUAUUACUGUUGUGAGUUGAUGAUAAAAGCGUACGGCAAGUGUGGCAUAAAGGACCUGUGCCCGGAACAUCAACUGAACUUUGCCGAUUCGAAAGGCGUGAUAUUGCCGUUUUGGAUUGAGUACUAUAAGGUGCGUAAUUCGUUGAUACCGCAGGGACAGAAGGGCUCACAUCCAUCCAAACUGAUCACUUCGAAACAUUUGACUAGACGAUUCUCGAAGACAUUCCAACGAACGAUGAUGAAACGUUUUGUGGUGCCUCAACUGCUCGAUCAAACACUUCAUUUCAUCAAUGGAUCUCGUAUUGCUGCUGCACAAACUGCGAGAACUUUUGAUGUGAUUCAACCGAGAAGUGGUUCGUUCGUUUUUUAUUCACUUUUUUUCUGA